CAAAUGUGAAUGAUACUCCCUCCGUCCCACAAUCGGAUGCCUAUUUGGUUUGGCCACUGCCCACAUAUUUUAAAAAUUUUAAAAAAACCACUUCUUUGGACCUUGAAACUCUUAUUAUGAGACGGACGGAAAUGACAAAAUGGCCUGUAUUGUGGAAGGGAAGACCACUUCUUUGGACCUUGAACAAAAUCAGUUGCAUGGCGGCAAUCCAAAUACAGUUAUACUAAUAGACGACGAAUCGUGGUUGCAUAUGAUAUUCCGCUAUUGGAAGAUGACAAAGAGGCCGCCCAUUUCUCCUCUCUAUUUGACCUUCAUUUCUCCAUAUAGACAGCGAGAGAGAGAAAUCAGAAAUGGAAAAGGUAGUAUGUGUUACAGGAGCAUCCGGCUACAUAGCGUCUUGGUUGAUUAAGCUUCUCCUCCAGCAUCGCUACACUGUUAAGGCCACCGUCAGGAACCUCCGUGACUCAAGCAAGGUUGCGCAUCUAACAUCACUCGAAGGAGCUAAUGAGAGAUUGCGUUUAUACGAAGCCGACUUACUCGAGGAAGGAUCCUUCGAUUCUGCAGUUGAUGGCUGCCAAACAGUCUUUCACACUGCAUCACCCGUUGCCCUUUCCGUUUCCGAUCCACAGACACAGCUAAUUGAUCCUGCGCUCAAGGGCACCGUCAAUGUGCUCAAUUCCUGCAUUAAAUUAUCAACCAUCAAUAGAGUUGUCAUCACAUCUUCGAUUGCAUCCGUUAUGUUCAACCACGAUUCGUUAAACCUAAGUGAUGAUGUUAUAGUAGACGAGACAAUGUUUUCGGAUCCAAUCUUCUGCCGGGAGAAGAAGGAAUGGUAUGCUCUGUCUAAAACUCUAGCUGAGACAGCGACGUGGAAAAUGGCGCGAGAGAAUGGGCUGGACUUGGUUACAUUACACCCAGGCUUCACCAUUGGCCCUCCCCUGCAGCCAUCUCUCAACUUGAGCUGUGUUGCUCUUCUCAAUCUCAUCAAACAAGGAAAACAGUUGCUGCCUAAUGGUGUGUACCGGUAUGUUGAUGUUCGAGACGUUGCUCUUGCACAUAUUAUAGCAAUGGAGAAUCCUUCUGCGAACGGCAGAUACUGCCUGGUUGGGAGGGUGGCUUAUUCGUUUGAAGCAUUCGACAUUUUGAAACUCAAUUUCCCUUCUCUCAACCUCCCAACAACCGAGAAUCGGCCGACUAAGCCCCCUUACCAAGUAUCUAGAAAGAGAGCUGAAAGUUUGGGCAUCAGUUUUAGGCCUCUUGAGGAGAGUCUCAAGGACUCUGUUGAAUGCUUCCGGGACAGAAAUUUGAUUACCUUGUGAAGUAGUAGUAGUAGUACUUAAUUCUUGUUGUUUCAGAUAUAAUUAGGCCCUGUUCUUCAUCUUAAUUUCAUUGCAACAUGUGUUCCAAGUGGUCCAAAUCAAUAUAUAUAUAAAGAGAG